AUGUCGGUAACCGUCGCUGAGCUUGACGCAACCGUCAAGGCCUUCCAAGAAGGCAAGGGCGAUAUCCAGAAGCAGGCUCAGCAAAAGCUCAACGAGUUCAAAUCAAAUCCAGAUUCCUGGUUGAUGGUGGACAAGAUUUUGCAAGAGGCUACGUACAUGCCAACAAAAUACCUGGGGCUUCAAGUGCUGGAUGAUGUUGUUAACACUCGUUGGAAGGUUCUACCACGAAAUCAAUGUUUGGGAAUCCGCAAUUUCGUUGUCAACCAGAUCUUGCAGGCUUCAGAGACCGAAGAAUCUCUCAAGGCCAACAAGCUCUUCGUCAACAAGCUCGAUCUGACUCUGGUCACCAUUCUGAAGCAAGAAUGGCCUCAUCAUUGGCCGACGUUCAUCAACGAGAUCAUCUCCGCUUGCCACACGGGGUUGUCAGUCUGUGAAAACAAUAUGACCAUUCUCCGCCUACUCUCCGAGGAGGUCUUUGACUUUUCUCAGGACCAGAUGACCUCGACCAAGGCCAAAAACCUGAAAACCACCAUGUGCGCCGAGUUCUCCUCGAUUUUUCAGUUGUGCAAUGAAGUCCUCACCACAGCCGACUCGAUAAGCCUGGUGAAAGCGACCCUCGAGACCUUGCUCCGAUUCCUGAACUGGAUCCCGCUCGGAUUCAUCUUCGAGACCAAACUCAUCGACACCUUGGUGACCCGUUUCCUCGAAGUCGACCAAUUUCGUAACAUCACCCUCAAGUGCUUGACCGAAAUCGGUGGACUUCAGCUCGGCCAGCAGUAUGAAUAUGACGAUAAACUCGUCCAAAUGUUCACCGAGACAUUGACGGUCGUCGCCAGAACCCUGUCUCUCGACACCGACUUCCGCGAGGCAUAUGCAAAGGCGAAGCCUUCCGAACAAGAAUACAUUCUCAAUCUAGCCAUCUUCCUCUGCAACUAUUUCUCAGUACACCUCCAGACAAUCGAAAGACUGCCCAAUACCGACUAUCUGCUUCACGGUCAUUUCUACCUCAUCAAGAUCAGUCUGAUUGACGACCGCGAGAUUUUCAAGAUCUGUCUGGAAUAUUGGAAUAAAUUGGUCCAAGAACUGUAUGAAGAGAUGCAGCAACUCCCAAUCACCGAGCUGAACCCACUGGUCAAUAUGGGUGUCAGUGGAUUGGCAAAUGGUGGCGCACCUCAUCCCAGCACCCUUGCAAACUAUCCUCUACGCAAACACAAGUAUUCCCAAGUCCUGUCAAGUUUGCGUCAAGUCAUGGUCGAAAAGAUGGUCCGCCCCGAAGAAGUACUGAUCGUCGAAAAUGACGAGGGAGAAAUUGUGCGGGAAUUCGUCAAGGAGAGUGACACCAUUCAGCUCUACAAAACGACCCGCGAAUGCUUGGUGUAUCUCACUCACUUGGAUGUAGUCGAUACUGAAAAUAUCAUGUCAGAGAAGCUUCAAAGACAAGUCGAUGGAUCUGAGUGGUCUUGGAACAACUGCAACACUCUCUGCUGGGCGAUCGGCUCGAUAUCCGGUGCCAUGAAUGAAGAGACCGAGAAACGAUUCUUGGUCACUGUGAUCAAAGACCUUCUUGGAUUGACGGAGAUGAAGCGCGGCAAGGACAACAAAGCGGUGGUGGCCAGUAACAUUAUGUACAUUGUCGGGCAAUACCCACGAUUCCUCAAGGCGCAUUGGAAAUUUUUGAAGACUGUCGUCAACAAGCUGUUUGAAUUUAUGCACGAGACUCACGAGGGUGUUCAAGAUAUGGCGUGCGAUACGUUCAUCAAGAUUGCCAACAAGUGCAAGCGACAUUUUGUCGCUCUGCAACCUGGCGAGACCGAGCCCUUCAUCGACGAGAUUGUGCGCAACAUGCGGAAGAUUACAUGCGAUCUCACACCGCAACAAGUGCACACCUUUUACGAAGCUUGUGGUUAUAUGAUUUCCGCGCAGGGUCAGAAGAGUGUGCAGGAUCGACUCAUCGACAAUCUCAUGUCCCUUCCGAACGCCGCCUGGGACAAUGUCAUCCAGCAAGCAAAUUCCAAUCCCGCCAUCCUUCAAGACGCAGACACGAUCAAGGUGAUCGGAAACAUUAUGAAGACUAACGUGGCAGCAUGUUCGUCAAUCGGGAGCUAUUUCUACUCGCAGAUUGGCCGCAUCUAUCACGAUAUGCUCAAUAUGUACCGGGCUUCAAGUCAACUGAUCUCGGAUUCUGUUGCUUCGGGAGGCAACGUUGCGACCAAGACACCAAAAGUUCGAGGUCUACGGACCAUCAAGAAAGAGAUUCUCAAGCUCGUGGACAUCUACGUUCAGAAAGCUGAUGACCUGCAAAUGGUUAAUGACAGCAUGGUACCGCCGUUGCUGGAUGCCAUUUUGCUUGACUACCAGCGCAAUGUACCCGAUGCUCGAGAUGCCGAAGUCCUGAGUGUGACCACCACUAUCAUCCACAAGCUACAUAAUCUGAUGGACGACAAGAUCUCGCCAAUUAUGGACAGUAUCUUCGAAUGUACUCUGGAGAUGAUCAACAAAGAUUUCCACGAAUACCCCGAAUUCCGCGUUGAGUUUUUCAAACUCCUCCAGGCAAUCAACCUGUUCUGCUUCCCCGCCCUCCUGAAACUUGACGGCCGACAAUUCAAGUUUGUCAUGGACUCUUGCAUGUGGGCCAGUAAGCACGAUAACCGAGAAGUCGAGAACACCGGGUUGUCCAUGUGCUUGGAGCUGAUCAAUAACAUGGCCGAGACAGAUCCCCAGACUGCGGGGAUCUUCUUCCAACAAUUCUACAUCUCCAUCCUCCAAGAUGUCUUCUUUGUCCUUACUGAUUCAGACCACAAGGCGGGAUUCAAAUCACAGUGCCUGCUGUUGGCUCGCAUGUUCCAACUGGUGGAGGCCAACAAGAUUUCACAGCCCUUGUAUCAACCCGACCAAGCCCCCCCGGGCACCUCGAACAAGCAGUUCGUCAGCGAAUUUACCGCCAACCUCCUCCAGCGCGCCUUCCCCAACCUAAAGGAGGUACAGAUCCAGCAUUUUGUCACUGGACUCUUCACUCUGAAUGAGGACACUACCAAGUUCAGGACUCAUCUACGUGACUUCUUGAUCUCCCUCAAGGAAUUUGCGGGUGACAAUGCCGAGCUCUAUGCUGAAGAGCGAGAACAAGAAAAGAAGGAUCUUGCAGAUGCUGAACGCGAACGGGCCAUGAAAGUGGGCGGCCUCAUCAAGCCUGCAGACCUCGACCAGGAUGAUGAGCUGUGA